AUGCCGGUUCGGAGAGGUCAUGUUGCGCCACAGAACACAUUUUUGGGAAUAAUUAUCCGGAAAUUUGAAGGACAAAAUAAGAAAUUCAUCAUAGCCAAUGCCAGGGUGCAGAACUGCGCCAUCAUCUACUGCAACGACGGCUUCUGCGAGAUGACGGGAUUCUCCAGGCCGGACGUCAUGCAAAGGCCGUGCACCUGCGACUUCCUGCACGGCGAGUUCACCAGCCGCCACGCCGUCGCCCAGGUGGCCCAGGCGCUGCUGGGGUCCGAGGAGCGCAAGGUGGAGAUCACCUACCACCGCAAGGAUGGCUCGGACUUCCUGUGCGCCACGCACAUCAUCCCGGUGAAGAACGAGGAAGGCGUGGUUAUGAUGUUCAUCCUGAACUUCGACUACAUCCUGGAGGAGGGCAGCAGCGACUCCCUGGAGAAACUCAACCACACCUCACCAUCCAAAUCUAUAAAUAGGAGAUUUUUCCGUUUCCGUUUUCCAGCGUUACCUCUCCUGGGCAUCAGCAAGCAGUCCUUGCCCCAGGAGGACCCCGACGCUGUCACAGUGGACUCUCCCCGCCACAGCGAUGGCUCAGUGGCAACGCAUGAUUACCAGCUGCCAACCACGCGGGAGAGCUGCAGCCCCUCUUACGCCAAUGAUACCCGCGCCCUCAUCGGCCCCAGCCACUGCUCCACCCCCGUGUCCGGCCCUUUGGACCACUCCUCGCCCAAGGGUCCAUGGGACCGGAUUUACCCAAACCAGGCCGACACCCAGGUGCAGCAGAAGAGUCCAGUGGACAUGCUGGUUGCAGCACCCUCCAUCCCGGGCCUCACGCCCACCGCCUCCAGGGAGAGUGUGUGCAGCAUUCGCAGAGCGUCCUCCGUGCACGACAUAGAGGGCUUUGGUUGUGACUCCAAGAUGGCCUUCCGAGACCGACAUGCCAGUGAAGACAACGGUCGCAAUAUCAAAGUGUCUCGCUCCUGGAUGGCUGGGGGAUCUACUGAUUGUGUUCAAGCCAGCGGAGGACAGUGCUCCUCCUUCAGACACACAAAACAGUUCAGCGCUUUCUCACCUUUUCAACAACACCACCAAGUGCACUUUCAAGGAAGUACUUUAAUCUCCAAACAGUACCCGGUCCUCUCUCUGGGGGCAGAUGCUCCAGAAUAUAAGCUCCAGACCCCGCGUAUGGACAAGUGGACCAUACUCCACUACAGUCCCUUCAAAGCUGUCUGGGACUGGCUCAUCCUGCUGCUGGUCAUCUACACGGCCAUCUUCACGCCAUACUCCGCCGCCUUCCUCCUCAACGACCUCGAGGAGCAGAAGCGGCGUGAGUGCGGCUACUCCUGCUCACCGCUCAACGUGGUGGACUUGAUCGUCGACAUCAUGUUCAUCGUGGACAUCCUCAUCAACUUCCGCACCACCUACGUCAAUGUCAACGAAGAGGUGGUCAGCCACCCAGCCAAGAUCGCCAUCCACUACUUCAAAGGCUGGUUCCUCAUCGACAUGGUGGCUGCCAUUCCCUUUGACCUGCUCAUCUUCGGCUCAGGGUCCGAUGAGACCACCACUCUGAUUGGUCUGCUGAAGACGGCCCGCCUGCUGCGGCUGGUGCGUGUUGCCCGCAAGCUGGACCGCUACUCGGAGUAUGGAGCCGCCGUCCUCAUGCUCCUCAUGUGUAUCUUUGCCCUCAUCGCCCAUUGGCUGGCCUGCAUAUGGUACGCCAUCGGCAACGUGGAGAAGCCUUACCUGGAGCACAAGAUUGGCUGGUUGGACAACCUGGGCGUGUCCAUAGGGAAAAAGUACAACUACAGUGACCCCAGCUCAGGCCCCUCCAUCAAGGACAAGUAUGUGACAGCGCUUUACUUCACCUUCAGCAGUCUGACCAGCGUGGGCUUUGGGAACGUCUCCCCCAACACCAACUCCGAGAAGAUCUUCUCCAUCUGCGUCAUGCUCAUUGGAUCCCUUAUGUAUGCGAGUAUCUUUGGAAACGUGUCGGCCAUCAUCCAGCGGCUGUAUUCAGGUACGGCCCGAUAUCACCUCCAGAUGCUACGGGUCAAAGAAUUCAUCCGUUUCCACCAGAUCCCCAACCCGCUCAGGCAGAGGCUGGAGGAGUACUUCCAACAUGCCUGGACGUACACCAAUGGCAUUGACAUGAAUAUGGUGCUGAAGGGCUUCCCGGAGUGUCUGCAGGCGGAUAUCUGCCUCCACCUCAAUAAAAACCUCCUGCAGGGCUGCAAGGCAUUCCGUGGAGCCACCAAGGGCUGCCUCCGCGCCCUCGCCAUGAGGUUCAAGACCACCCACGCGCCGCCUGGAGACACCCUGGUCCACUCCGGAGACGUGCUCACAGCGCUCUACUUCCUCUCCCGUGGCUCCAUUGAAAUCCUCAAGGAUGACGUGGUGGUGGCUAUCCUGGGUAAGAAUGACAUCUUUGGUGAGAUGAUUCACCUCUACGCCAAGCCGGGAAAGUCCAGCGCGGAUGUGCGGGCAUUGAGCUACUGUGACCUGCACACCAUCCAGCGGGAGGAGAUUUUGGAGGUGCUGGACAUGUACCCGGAGUUCGCUGACCACUUCCUCACCAACCUGGAGCUGACCUUCAACCUCCGUGACGACAAUGCCAAGACAACCUACCCACAAGCCAGUGAUUCCGACAUGGAGGACAUCAAGUGUCGAAGACGGGUGUCCUAUAAAAGGAAAUCUUCAACAGGCACCAACAACAAGGAGCCGGCAGCCUCCUACUGCGACCCCAAGCGGGAGAGGCAGCUCUAUGCCUGCUCCCAGGCGGCGGCCGAGGCAAGGAGCGGGAGAGACUCUGCAGUGGAGGGAGAGAAGGAAGAGGAAGAGGAGGAGGAGGAAGACGGGCAGGUGGAGGAGGAGGAGCAGAGGCCGCUGUGUUCGAGCAUGCUGGGAUACCCAGUGGUCAGGGACCACUCCCACGGCCGCAGCGGCCCAGACGCACCGGCCGGAGACUGUACGCCAAGCCCAGCUUUUAAAGAGCUCCAUGCAGAGGAGUGGGUGUGUGAGCAGCCCAGGGAGGACUCAGCGGAGUCAGCCCAGCGUCAGGAGCCUCCGGCUGCGGAGGAGGACAGCGACACAGACCUCACCUACGGAGAGGUGGAACAAAGGCUGGACCUCCUUCAGGAGCACCUCAACAGGUUGGAGUCCCAGAUGACCACAGAUAUCCAGGCUAUCCUGCAGUUGCUCCAGAGGCAAACCACAGCUGGUCCCCCAGCUUACAGUACUGUCACCUCCAGCCCGGAGUACCCGAGGCCAGCCGUCCGGGUCCAGCCUGUGUCUGCCAUCCAGACGGACCUCAGCCUUGGUCCUGCACCACCCCAGCCCCGGAGCCCCGACCAAGAAAACGCUCAGAACAAACCCAAAGACUCGUCCCCUGUCCUCCUCGACUCAGAAACUCUUCCAGACGGGAGCUUUGCUGGCCUGCUAGAGGGGGACGCAGACGUAGAGCAGAGACACAAGCAAAGCAACAUGGACUCUCCGGAGCAACAACAGCCAAGCCAACAGCCACCAAGGUCUCUCCUCCCAUCCGCCCGACAGGCCUCGCUCCCCGAUGUCCCGCCCAGCGGCUCAGGAAUGUUGGGACUCCAUCGGCCCGUCUCCGACCCUGGGCUUCCUGGGAAGUAG